AUGCAUCUCGAAUCCUUCACGUUCCUUCCUCAGGCUAAAAUCCCUGUUCUGCUCGGGGCUGACAUGCUGAAUAUGGUACUUUUUCCCACGUUUCGCUUUGACUUUGUCGCGGAUGACAAUGUGUGCCGGUUGAGGAGAGAGAUGGCAAUCGUGGGCACUUUUGGCCCCGAAACAAUCAAGGCGACCGGCAUUGCCUUGAUUGUGGUGACUUCACUCGUUGCAGGAACCCGUUUCGCGGGCUCCAUACGAGGCGUUAAGGAUAUCAGGGCGGAGGAUUGUCUUCUGCUCGUCGCCUAUGUUUUCUUCCUGGAACUCAGCAUCCUAUACAUCUUCGUCGCGCCGACCAUUUUCCGUCUGUCCGCGCUUGAGAAUGGACUCAUCAAACCAUAUCCGACGGUCAUGGACGACAGUUUGCAAUUGCAGACCGUCUUCUUUGUGACGACCUCGUCCUUAUGGAUCUGUCUGUGGAUGGUCAAGUUUUCUCUCUUGUCGAUGUACAAGCGCCUGUUGGUGGGCAAGACCUAUGUCUACGCAUGGUGGGGGAUAACCAUCGCCUGUGCUCUAUUUCUCCUUGGCUGCAUCCUGUCAUCCUGGUUCUCCUGCUCGAGCUUUCAUGCAUGGUUCACUGCGGGCGCCUGUGGUACACCUCGAGACAUUCGCGCAGCCACGAUCAGCCUCUACUAUGCUUAUGCAGUAGACAUUGUUACAGAUCUUGCAAUUAUGGCCUUGCCCAUUCGCCUCAUCUGGCAUCUGAAAAUGCAGCUGAAACAAAAACUCAGCAUUGGUGGUCUUUUCUGCUUUGGGUGGAUCUGCAUCAUUAUUGCGACGAUCCGAGUCGUUCAACUAGGCAGUCGAUCCAACGGAGCCUCAAACGGCCAGCCCGCUCCAUCGUGGCUGGCCUUGUGGGGGAUUAUCGAAUCUGCAAUCGCUGUGAUGAUCGGGUGCUGCCCGGGUUUAUAUCGUGUCGUGAAAUCUGUCAUUUCGCCGUCCAAGACCUCUUACGCAUACGGCUCGUACAAUAAUGCCCAUGGCCGGAGGAUGAGUGGGAUGCCAUCGCACAAAUCCGGAUCUCGAAACAUCGCGAUGACGAACUUGUCCGGCAAAGAAACCACCUUUCAAACUACUAGCGCAUACCGAUCAUCCAGUCCCUCCAGUAGCCAGGAACACCUGGCUCGGGGACACGGCCGUGGUGUAAUCCUCAUCAAUCAUGGGAUUGAGGUGACGGUUGACGACAGGAACGAUGACUUUGAUCAGAUGGACCAUGGAAGACGACACGGAAAUUCACUCUAG